UAUCCGCCCCCCUCCCCGCGCCACCAACCCAGCCCACCUCGCCGCCGCUCCAGAUCUGCCUCCGCCGCACCGGCUCGCCGCCGUCGCUCCCUCCCCCUCCCUCUCGAUCUCAGUCUCCAGGAGAGGCAUGAUGGCAUUGCCUCGCGCGGCCUGCCUGGUUCUCCUCCUCGUGGUGGUGGCGGCGCCGGUGCUCUGCGCCGCGCAGAGCCCCAUCUCGCAGCCGCCGUCGUCCGGCGCGCCCACCGCGUCCCCGCUCUUCCGCCCCGACGCCGACUCCGAUGGCGGCGACAAUGGAUCCGCUGCGUCCCCCUCCCUGCCCCCCGCGAGCUCCCCUGGCGAGGACAAGGCGGCGGCGGCGUCCCCUCCCGCGCCCACCGACACGUCCCCGCUCCCGUCCCCCACCGAGGCCCCCUCCUCCGCCGCGCACUCGCCGGCCCCGGCGCCGUCGUCGUCCCUGCACUCCGCCGCCGCGCCGGCCCCUGCUCCUGCCGCCGACAAGGAAGGCGACGACGACGACGAUUACAGGAAGAAGAAGGUGAAGGCCCCGGCGCCCGCCCCGGCCGCGAUGGAGGUGAAGGCCGGCACGGCCGGCGCCGACGAGCAGCGGGCGGUGGACGCGGAGAGGCGGGACGGGGAGGGCGAGAUGAACGGCGGGAAGAAGGCGGGCGUGGUGGUGGGCGUGUUCUCGGCGGCGGCGGUGCUGUGCCUGGCCGCCGUGGUGUACCGGAAGCGGCAGGCCAACAUCCGGCGGUCCAGGUACGCCGACUACUCCGCGCGGCUCGAGCUCGUCUGACCGGCGACCGCUACCGUCCGUCCGUCCGAGCGCUACCGCGUACGGUAUGGAGAUCGACGACUGGAGAUGCAAUCCUGGCUCUGAGAUCUGUGGGUCGACGUGCCACACACAUACAGCGUUGUUUUGAUCCGUGUUAAUUAGAUUCACGCAUGGUGUCCAUUCUUGGGGCUCGGAGAUUAUUACAUAAUAUUCUUUGAUUAGUGGGAGGUUGAGAUCGAGGAGAGCAAUAACAUUGGGUCGAGGAAGAGAAGAUUAUACUUGGGAGUUUUUCUCUCUUUUGUACACUACAUACAGAGAUGCAUUACAUUAUAUGUAUUUUGACCA